UUUUAGGAAAUCAGAUCUCCCUUUUCCUCGGCCACCGUAACCAUUGAACAUUGAACCGUUGUCUUGUCAUAUCACGUUUUUAAAUUUCUUGUUGAUGUUGUUAUUAUUAUUUGUCUACGUACACGAUAGCGACGAUUUAUCUUCACGCGAACACUUGUUUCCCACUUCCAUACGGUGUCGAUAGUUUUUUGCGUCUUUUUAUAUUUAUAAUUUUAUUCAUUCGUCACUUGUCGGAGAACACGUUCAGGCUGUUAGCGAAUCGCUGCCACCGUAAGUAAAUAACCACGGCUGUUGGAGUCGCUGUUUUAAAUAAGUAGCGAUUGAUAUACGUGACAGUUUUCUUUUUAGUUCAUGAUGUUUGUGUUCGUCCCGUUCCUGGUUGACUGGUUAUUACGGUAUAUGACUCCGACCCGUCUGAGGAAUUUAAUUCUUUUCACCCAAAUGCUCUUGUUUGUUUAAGUACCCGUCGCCCACUGUCCGUUUUCUCAUAUGUACUGUUUAUUGUGCGAUAUAUUAUCAUUUUUACGAAUAUUAUGUUUAGUUUCCAUUUCAUAGUCAUUGACUUAAUGACAACCAUAUUUCAGACGAUUUUUUGUUUGUUUAUUUUUUAACGAUACGAUAUCUACAAAUUAUUCGUUAUCAAUUCUAACGGUCGUUUGCCGCUGCAGUUUUCCGACAGCAGAUGGCGCGUUAAUUUGUCUUGGGUAUUCCGCCAUUCAGCAUUUCCGCGGUUUUAGUAAUCAGUAAUUGGCACACAAAUAUUUAAAAUAUAGAUAAUUUUAAAAUUCAAAAUAUUAAAUUCUUACGACUUGCAACUAACUGCUAUUCGUGUUUUUUAUUUUUAUUAAUCAACAGCCCAGACAACCAUUUACGUUUUUGUGUAUAUUGUAGUAUGUAGGUACUUUUGCUCUAAAAUAUUUAAUUUGGUUCUUUCUAAAUAACAUACUUGAACUUCACUAUCCAGUGUACUGUUUUGUAAUGAAUAUUGUAAUAUGUAUUGUGUUAUUGCUAUAAUUUUUAUGAACAUAUUUAUACUUUAAACACAAAUUUAAUUUGUAAUAUGCUUAAAAUUGUAAAGUGUAAUUUAUUUGCUUAUUAAUUAUUAUUGUUUGUAGACUAAACAUCUAUUCAAAAUGCCACGUACUAAAAGAACAACAGUUAAACGUUCAACUGCUAACUUAAACAUGUCAAACAUGUCAGACAACAUAACCAUGGCCAAUCAACCAAAAAAUAUCAAAGACAUUUUAGAAGAUUUCGAUGUUGAAAGUAAAAUAAUUAAGUGGUUUUAUUCCACCAUACUAUUAGUACAAUAUUUUUUCCGUUUUUAGAAACGAAUAUUGAAAAUGAGUUUGCUGAACUAUUAGAUGAACAGAGAAAUAUAAUUGAAAAUAAAUUUUUAAUAGUGAGAAUGAAUUUGAGUGGCUCACUGGAUACUAAUCUUUAUGAUUAUGUAAGUUUUAUGAUAAUAUAUGUUUAAUUAAUAAAUAUACCUACAUUUUUUAUGUAAACAUUUUAUUUAUAAAUUAAACUUAUUUUUGAUAGAUAGAGGAAGAUAUUGCAGAAAAAAAUGUCUCAAAGAAAGCCGCAAGACCUACUAGAACACUUACCAAAGCUACAGGAAGUAGAACAAUCAAACCUAUAAGUGGUAAGUGCCUAUAAUAAUAUGAACAAUAUUAUAAGUAUUUUUAAAUUCAUACAGUUGAAAAUAUUUACAUACUUAACUUAAACUAAUGUUAGAAAAGAUUCAUUUUUAUGAGCAAUCUCAUUAUUAAUAAUUAAAGCUGGAAUGUAAAAUUUUUGUACCUGUUUUUUGACUUAAAACUUCAAAAAAAAGAACUUUAAUUUUUAUUUAUUUUUUUUUGUAAAUCUGAUAAAAAUUAUAAUUGAAAUAAUAUAAAUUUAAAGAAAUUGUUUCUGAUAGAACUAGACUGCGUGUUACGACUUAUGGAAUAAAAAAAAAGGAACUAUUUUAAUUUAGCUCCCACACAAUUUUUUGAUUUUUUUUUUCAAAAUGUGUUUUUGCGUGUACACAUUGAAUGUAAAAAAAGAAAGUCUGGCGAACUUUAUUCGGAAGUCAUGGGGGAAAACUUCAUGAUGUUGUAGUUUUUCGUUUCGCGUAUUUCUAAGUUAAAAUUUAACAUUUUCAAAAAAAGUUUUCCAGAAUGUGUAUUUUAAUACUUAAUUCGGUAUAAUCAAAACUUACCUAUCAUACUAACUAAAGUUUUUGUACAUUAACUUUGAAAAAUAGUGUUUUUGAAUUAAUCCAAAAUGUGAUCAAAAAUUGACCUUUUUCAUUAUUUUUAUAUUUGAUAAUAAAGUUUUUUUUAUUGAAGUCAAAAUAAGUCUAUCUGGCUUAGUUACAAAUGUUCAAACGCCAACGUGUGUCAUUGCGCUCACUCCGAUAAUUUUAAUCGAAAAUAACUCUCAAUUUGCUGUACAAAACCAUGUUUAAUAGUUUAGAAGGAAAAGUGAAAAGCAUAUAGGUGAAAUUAGAGACCUAAGGUGGCCACUCAUUUGGACAAUUUUAAUCGAAAAUAACCCUUGAUUUGUUGUGCAAAAUUGUUUGAAUGUUUGCAACUCCAAAACUAAGCCAGAUAGACUUAUUCUGACUUCAAUAAAAAAAACUUUAUUAUCAAAUAUAAUAAUAAUGAAAAAGGCCAAUUUUUGAUCACAUUUUGGAUUAAUUCAAAAAACACUAUUUUUCAAAGUUAAUGUACAAAAACUUUAUUUAGUAUGAUAGGUAAGUUUUGAUUAUACCAAUAGAUUAAGUUUAAAAAAUACACAUUUUGAAAAAAAAAACUUCUAUUGAUUAGUAUCAAUUUUAUUGCUUUAAUUUAAUAGAUUAUUAUCCAGGAAUUCUUGUGAUUCAUAAUUUUCUAAACAUUAUUAAUUGUUAUUUUGAUUAUUCGAUUAUUAUCGCCCCUUAAAAUAUAAUACAAAUACAUAAUUGAUAGUUUGUUUUACAAAAAUUAUGUUAGCGCUUAAAAAUCUUCAAUACAAUUUCGAAUGUAAAUUUUGGAUUCAAAAACCUCAACAUAUGAACAAAAUUAUUUGAACAUUUUCAAUUUUCAAUAAAUAAAAAAUACAAUUUCUUAUUCACAUUCAUAAGUAAGUGAAAUUAAUUUGUAAUAGUGCACCGCAAAUUUUAGAAUACUAUGUAAAAUACUUAUAAAUCUCGUUCAUAUAAUUGAUUGAUAUUAUUUUUUAGAUUUGGAGCAUAUUAAGAAAUCUAUAGUAUUGAUUUUACUAUAAUGUGUGCAUUUGUUUUUUUUUUGUUUCUGAAAACAACAUAUUAUCAGAAAUCUUGCUUCGAAGUAUCAAGGGUAGCACCUUUUCUGAAAGACAAAUUUAGUUGGUGCAUUGAAGUGGUAAUUUUUUGAUUUUCUAAGGGGUUCUCAAAAUAAUAAAUUUCAUUGUUUUUAAUUUUAGAUCUAUCUAAAAUAGUGAAUAAUAAAAGGGAAAAUCUAAAAGAGAUGAAAAAACAAUUUUUUUUUUUUCAAAUUAUAGUGCAAAGAUUAUAUUUAAAAUUUGUAUGGCUAAUGUUUCUAGCACAAUUGUGUAAGAUAUGUUCUUUCAAAUUCAAAAAAUUUAGACACAAUACACAAUAGGUUUUCUAUAUUUGGUUAUAAAUAAAUACAUUAGUGCAUAAGUAUAUUGUUGUUGUUAACAGCUUAUUGACACCUUAGAUCAUAAUAUCAUAUUGUAUAUUAUACAAUAUGUAAAUUUCUGGGAGAAUAAAAAUAGUAAAUACUUACACUAAACAUAACACGGUUCAAAUAAUAUUUCCUUUGAUUAUUGGGAACUGACUGGCAACCAUAGUUAAUUUCAAAAUAAGUGAAUAUCUCAUCAUCAUUAUUAUGAAAUAAGUCUAUUAAUAUGCAUUCUAAAACAAGAGUUUGCUCGCAAGGUAUGCAAGCGCAUAUUCUGUAUGCAUUAAAUUUUAACAAAUAAUAAAAUAAUACAAAAUACGUCAUUAUUUAACUAUAAAAUAAAGUUUAAAAAGCUGGAUUAUUAUCUUAUCCUUUAAUUGUUAAAAUACUCCUCAAUGAGCUGAAACUCAUUUAAUUCAAUUUAAUUAAAUAUUUCUUUAAUCCGAGUAUGAAACGUAAUAGUGUCUAAAAACAUACAAUAGGAGACUUUGUUUUAAAAGAAAAAGAGCUUACACUGGGGACUGGUGUGGCCACUGUUAUAGGUAACUAGUUGGGAAGGUGGGAUAUAUUAUGUUAUUUAAUUUAUACCUGUUACGAUAAACCAUUGUAAACAAAAAACGUUUAAGAGCAGAGUUUUAAAAGGCCGUAAUAUUUAAGAUUUUCAUCAAAAUUUGGUUUUAAAACAAUUAAAAAAUAAUAAUAAUAAUAAUAAAUUAUGCUCAAUUUUUUGUUUUUAACCACAAAGUAUGACUUGAACAGCCUGUUAAAUUUUCAAGUAUCUCUGUUUGGUCUAACAAUUUUAUCCAUUAUACAUAUUAAAUAAAUAUAUAAAAAAACUCAAAAUUAAAAUUUCUAUAAAUAGCUCAAAAAUUGGCCAAAUGUUUUGAAAAUUUUACCCUCUCUUUAAAAAAAAAAAACAAUUUGAAGUUUUCUGUCAAAAUGUCAAGUCUACGUAUAUUUUUAUUUGAAUUGCAUUAAAAACAAAAUCAUGUCAUUUUUCAAUCUGAGCAAUAUUUCUGAUAGAAAACAUUGUGUAAACAAAUUAAAAGUAAUGAAAUGGUAACGAUGCGACUAGCCAUAAAUAUUUGCCAUUUUACUUAUAAUUUUCUUUUCCCAGUUAUUUUGAAAACCCCUUAGAAAUUAAAAAACUUACCUCUCUAAUGCACCAACUAGACAAUAUUUCCUUUCAGAAAAGGUACUAUACUCUAUACAUCAGAACAAGAUUUUUUUUUUCAAAAAGUUGUUUACAGACAAAAAAAAAACAUCAUAGUAAAACCAAUUGAUUCCUUGCUAUACUCCAAAUCUAAAAUUAAUAUAUAGUGAAACCUGUAGGUAUGUAACGGGUAGUUACAUAAACACUGUCCUCUGUAGACUAGUGUGUGUUCUGUUAUAGACAGUUACGGAAGAUGACAUUGAAAAGUAAUUAUUAAAACAGCCAGAGAAAAAUAAAUAAAUGUACAACACUAUAAUAGCGAAUCAAUAUGGAUUAAGUACUGAAUAGUUUUUAAGUUUAUACGUGUUUCUGGUUAUUUUUUCCUGGCAAUUAACUUUAUCUUAAUUUUUUAAUAUGCAAUCUGUCAUAACCAGUAUUCAAAAUAGACCAAUGACACUGUUGCAUGGUAUGUAUGUAUACGUUUGCAGUAUAUUUGAUUUUAAACUAAGAUAGUUGUCUGUUAUCAAGGUGUUGGUGAGGUUAUUACUGUUCUUGCCGUAAUAGAAAGUUUUGUUAUAGACAGGUUGAAAUACAUUGAAAUGCCUAUUGUCAGGAUGUUAUUAUUUUGUCUGUUGUAUAUAGGUGCCUGUUUAGACAGGUUUGGCUGUAACAAUCUUGCCAUUCUAAUUUGUUUUAUUUGUUUUAUUUUAUUCUUCAUAGCAUCUAGAGCAACAUCUUUAAAAAGUAAUAAGAUCGCGACCAAACACCACAGUGCUGUGCGUGCUGUUGAUGACCGAGCACCUUUAUUGGAAAAAAAUAAUGAGCCAAGUUCAAAAUUCAAAGUAAGUAUAAUGAAUACAUUGUAAUUAAUAAGUUAUUUAAUAAUAGUGUUCAUAAGUUUGAUAAGUUUAAAGCCAAAAUUGAAUGAAACUUAUUUCUUGACUAGCAAAUUUUUUUUAAAAAUAAUUUUUCCAAUCUAUUUGAUUGAUGGUUGUUUUAAUUUUUAGUAUAAAAUUAAAAUUACAAAUAAUUUUAGAAGCACUUCUUUUUACAAACAUAACAUCUAAGUAAAAUUAAUAGAUUCUUUUUACUUUGUUUAAAAUUAUAAAUUACCUAAAUUUUUUUACAGACAUUUACAGUGUACACAUAAUUGAGAACACUCAUUAUCUUUGUGUAGAUUUAUGAAUUUAUAAUUUUGUAUUUUUAGUUGAUUGUUAUACUUGGUAAUACUCAUUUUUAUGGUCUCUGACUUUUUUUACCAUUUAUUAGACAUGGGCUUGUGCAAAAAAACUUUUUUUUUAACUGGCAACUGUUACUUUUCACUACCACUUAUUUUUGCCUACAUUUUUUUUGUACAUUUUGAUGUUUAACCGACUUUCUAUUUUCAAAAUUAGCUGAGUUAUGUUCAUUUAAAGUUGUUUGAUAUUUUUAGAUUUUACGACAUUAAGUUAUGUUUAUCUUAAUAACAUUCAUAUUACAAUGUUAGUAAGUAUUGUGAAAAAUAAUAUGAAAUUGAUUUAUCAAACAUGUCGAAUAUCAAAUAACUUUAAAUUACCAUAUUUCAGCUAAUAUUAAUCUUAUAAAAAUGGUUUGCUCAUAAAAAAAUAUGAAAAUAAAUAAUAAGUGGUCAAAAAUAGGGGUUGCCAUUUUAAUUUCAGAAAAAAAAGUAUUUAUGUGUAUGUGCAAUCAUAUAAAAAUUGAAUCUAACUAAAAAUUGUCGUUCAUACACUGUAUAUAGUAAAAGUAUUAAAAUGAUUUUGAACUUCAAUUUAUAUUUUGAGUACUUGUUUAUUAAUUGAACCACAUUUUAAUGUUUCACCACUUAAGUUUUUAUUGUUUUAUAACAAUUUAAUAGAAUGGAAUAUAUAAUUGUAUUAGUUUGUUAAAUGUAUUGAAUAACUUCCGUAUUUUAGACUCCACUUAAUCGACCACCAAUGACUGCAGCGGCGACUAUAACACCAAAAGUCAAUAUGAAUGAACCAAUAUCAAUGAUGCGUCGUCCAAACCAGGGUGAGGUAGCCUAUUCUGUGACUGGAAGUCCUGUUAUGGUAUCGUCUAUUACUAGAGAUGAUAUGGCUACAGUUUGUGUUCCAUUAGCCAAUGGGAAUGUAUGUGUAAACUUCAUUUUAUUUUUGAAUGCAACAAAAAAAUAAUAAUAAUAUUGAAAUUAAUUUUAACCUGGAUUUUCUCAUUUAAUAUGGUUUGUUCAUUUUAAGGUUCUUUCGAUUUUACCUAGAGCUGGUGGUACUAUGGAUAUUUCAUUAAACGAUCAAACUAAACAUGAACUACUUCUUCUUAAAGGAAACAUUGAAGUACUUUUAAAAAAAGAUAAACACUCGUGAGUGAUAGUAAAACAAAAAUAAUAACUUAUUUUCUGUUUAUAACAAUUUUUUUUUUUACUGCAUUGGAAAAAAAUAAUUCCGUCUGUUACAAUAUAAUGUUGUAUUUGAUCAUGUGCAAAAACAAUGUAGUUUUUAGAUUUUGUUGAUAUUAAUUUGUUAGUUAAAGUAAAUACAAUGUUAAGUCAUUAAUAAAUUCCACUUAAUGUUAAACUAACCAGAAAUAUAAUUUUUACAAAACAAGUAUUGUAUUUAGUAUAUAAUUUAUACAAAGGUGACAUCUAAAUUAGUAUCCAGUAAAUUUAUGCU